UCAACAUAACCCGCAAUCACGCGUUUGCUUUCACUUUUCACCUUCGCCCUCUCGGAGCGUGGAUAGAGAACCCACACAACACAAACAAAAUCGGAGAUCCUCCUCCAACCGCCACCACCGCCACCACCACCACCACCACCCUCUCCGUCUCUGACAACAACGCAACGCUGCGCUUUGCUCCACCGUCCCUUCUCAAUCACUCAGGUACCUUUAUCUUCCUUCCCCAACCGCAAACCCUCAAUUUCAGGAUUCAAUUGAGUCCCCGGAAUUAGGUUUACAAACUAUUGCGAGAACAGACCAGAUCGCAGCGCUGAAAAUGAAGGGGCGAUCGCACCGCCCUCAGAGUUCCGACCCGCCGGACGAUUGGGUCGACGGUUCAUGGACCGUGGACUGCGUCUGCGGCGUCACCUUCGACGACGGCGAAGAGAUGGUCAAGUGCGACGAGUGCGGCGUCUGGGUCCACACGCGCUGCUCCCGCUACGUCAAGGGCGACGACACGUUCUCCUGCGACAAGUGCAAGAGCAAGAGCAAGAGUAAAACCACCACCAGCAACAACAACAGCAACAACAAUCGGGUUGACCGCAUCACCGAGGAAACCGAGGUUGCUCAAUUGCUGAUUGAGCUUCCAACCAAGACUAUGUCUAUGGAGAAGAAUCACCAUAACCUCCACCACAACAGCAACAACAGUUCGUUCUCCGCGUCGAAAGUCGUCGCGUCUCGAUCUCGCCGCCCUUUCAAGCUAUGGGCAGAGAAGCCCAUGGAGGAGAAGGUUCAUGUUCAGGGCAUCCCUGGUGGUGACCCUUCUCUGUUUGCAGGUAAGGCUGUGCCGUCGAUUUUCGGUCCCCAGUUGUGGAAGUGCACCGGUUAUGUUCCGAAGAAGUUUAAUUUUCAGUAUAGGGAGUUCCCCUAUUGGGAUGAUGAGAAGAAGAAUGAGGGUACGCAGGAGAAUGAUAAUGGGGCUGGGGUUCUGUUCUCUUUUUCGAAAGAAACUAGUGCUAUCAUGAAUUCCCCUGUUGCUGCUUUGGUUGAUAUGAGAUCCAGCCACGGGAAAGCGGGCUCGUUCAAGGAUAUGGGAAUGGGGAAAUUUGGCCGCGGGGAGGACGCUCCGCGUGUCCAGAGUACGAUGAAGAAGGAGAGCGGCUGGCUGAGGCCUCUUGUUGUUCAUAGCAGUAAGAAAAGGAAAGAGGACUUUGCGAAUUCUAAUUCCAAAGACAAAAGUGGGAAGAAGCGGGUUAGGACUUCUGACAAAGAUUUUGAUCCUAGGAGGAGGAGUUCACAUUCUUCUAAACCAGCAUUUCCACCCACCAGAGAUGCAAAACAAAUGGAAUUUUAUGAGGACAGGGGUCCGAAGAUUUUAAAGGCCGAUACCCGGAGCUUAAAGAAUAAGAACUUGAAAGACAAAGUGGUUCAAGAACAUAUUUCUAAUGAUUUUACUGUGGAUACCAUUGUGGAAGAGCCAAGCAACAACUUGACUGCUACUGAGGAGUCUUCAGAAGCUUUAUAUCCUAAAAUGGCAAGACGUAGUCUUUCUGAUGGAGAUGCAUUAGCAGAAGAGAAGACCGGCCGUAAAUCUGUUGAGAUGUCUUCUAAGACUGAUGAUGCUGUUACGUCAGCUCUAAAUCAUAAUUGUGUUGAAAUUGCGUCAGUUAAAGAGAAGGAUGGAGAUUGCUUGGCAGCUGAAAAUAUGGAUGAUACUUUAGUAGGAAGAAGCACUGAGAGUCCUCACAGAGAAGGUCGUUGUGGUUCUGCUUCCAAACUUAUGGAUAACCAAGUUUCUCAAGAUCUUGCCUGUAAUCUGCGUCCUUGCUCUGCAAAACGCAAAGUUAGGGUGAAGAGAGAAGAUGACGGUGAUAAUUUUAAGCUCUCCAAUUUUCAUUCUUCUCCUAUUAGUGAUCUUAAAAUCAAUGAAAAGCCAGCUGAUCACUCAUCUGAUAUUGUUAAAGUGAAUGAGGCUGUGGUUCCCAGUUUAUCGUCGUGUAAAAAUAAGGUGGGUGAUGUUGACAUAUCAUCAGAAGUAGCCCCUGAUGAUCAUAGCAAUAAACCCAAGGAGUUACCUGGUAAUUUUUGUCAUGGAAAACAAGAAGUGGAGGGGUCUAAAGGUUCCUUUGAAACACUCAAGGAAUUUUCAGAAACAAAAGAUAGUCCAGAUUCUGCUAAGGAUCCAUCGAAAUCUGAAGCACUUGGAUGUCUGCAAAAAAUGCCAACAUGUGUUGGAAAGUCAUCUCCAGCUUCAUCAACCAUGAACUCCAAAUCUUUGAGUCAAAACUUCAACUCUGAAGAUGCUGAAAUCCAAAAUUCUUUUACUAAGCAACGUGUGAUGGUUGAUUGUAACAUUCCUGUAAAGAAUGAAAGUAGUCCACAUGAUGCUGCAAAGGAUGAAAAUCCCAAGAAGUUUGUAAGAGAGAGAUCAAAAUCUUCUUUGCAUUCCAAUUCAAAAGGAUUACAUUCAAGCAGGAGUUUGCAAAAUUCUGUUUCAAAGCAAGCAAUUUCAGAGGCUAGGGAUUCUGUUUCAAAGCAAGCAAGUUCAGAGGCUAGAGAUUCUGUUCAUUGUUCGUCAUCUAAAGCAUCAUCGGGACAUCAAACUUCAACUAAUUUAGGUUCUAGUGAAACUAAUGCAUCAUUGCACCAGCAAAAGGCUUUACAAGUGCAGAAUAAGAUUUCUUCAGUGCCCCCGAAAGUUGAAAAGGCUAACCAAACAAAUAUACAUUCUUCCUCUAAGUCUAAUCAGAACCAUGUGCCAACAGUGAAUCCUUCUCCAACAUCAAAUUCUUCAAUGCUGAGUGAUGAAGAGCUUGCUUUGCUAUUGCAUCAAGAACUAAAUAGUUCACCUCGGGUACCUAGGGUGCCCCGUGCACGCAAUACGGGUAGCUUGCCACAAUUGAAUUCUACUAGUGCUACAAGCAUGCUAAUGAAGCGAACAACAUCGGCUGGAGGAAAGGAUCACUAUUUGGUAUCUAGAAGAAAAUACAAGGAUGCAUCUAGAGAUGGGUUUUGCAGUUCCCGUGAGCCUGAGGAUGAAGCUAAAAUAGAAAAGGAGAAGGGUCCAUCCUCAUCUGAUCAGAGAAAACAAAAUAUGGAAUGUGUAGAAGAUACUUCUGUAAAGGAAGGAGGCCAUGCAUCAGUGAUAGCUUCAAACACUAUCACAAACAACGUUGUUUCUGCCACCUCUGCCAUUGCAAAUAGCAGUCCACACUCCCCUUCAGAGGAGCAGAGUUUUUCAUUGAUACGGAACUCCCCCAGGAAUAUAUCUGAUGAUGACACCGCAACUGCUGGAAGGCCAGUUCAUCACACCUUACCUGGUUUAAUCAAUGAUAUUAUGAGCUCCGGCAAGCGUAUGACAUAUGAAGAACUCUGCAAUGCUGUGCUUCCCCACUGGCACAACUUGAGGAAGCAUAAUGGAGAGCGCUAUGCAUACUCAAGUCAUUCUCAGGCUGUUCUUGACUGUUUGAGGAACCGGCAUGAAUGGGCAAGGUUGGUUGAUCGUGGUCCAAAGACAAAUACAAAUCGGAAAAGGCGUAAACUGGAUGCUGAAGAAUCUGAUGACAGUGGAUAUGGCAAAGGAAGAACUGCAAAAGAGGUGGAAGGGAAGAACUUUGAGUUGCAAAAAGAAGAGUUCCCUAAAGGCAAGCGUAAAGCAAGAAAGCGCAGGCGCCUAGCUCUUCAUGGACGAGCAGUAAACGACGUGAGGAGGAGACAAAAAGCUGACUCGCAAACUGAUGAGGAUGUGGGCCCAUUCUCCAAUUCUAGUGAAGAGAGCAUAUUUAGUGAGGAUGAAAUUCAAAAUGGCAGAACAGGCCCAGCAGGAAGUACAUCAGAUGAGGCAGGUAGUGCCUAAUUUCAGGUGGUCAAAUAUCUCAACAGGUUUUCUCUUGCAAGAAUGUAGACUUUUUUUGGCUUGUGCUGGAACUUAGGUAUUCUGUCUGUGGGAGCCUGUCUUGUGGGGAUUACAAUGUAUCUCUAGUGUAAAUAUUUCCUGUAGUAUGGUGUACCUUUCUUAUGCGUGGGCUGAACGAGUAGGUUAUGUAGAAUUUGUAACUUAUAAAUGACUAAACGAUUCAGUUAGAGGGCAAGAAAAAAAAUGUACGAUUGUAUUUUACUAGGAAGUAAUACGAAUUCUAAGGUUCGAAGUGGAUGUUUUGACUAUAUGAAGUUAGUGUAAAACACAUACAUAGGCA